AUGUCUCAGCAAGAGAAGACAGCACCCCAGGAUCAGGACUCCUUUGUGGAUGACCAGCCUGGCGUACGCCCGAUCCCUUCCUUCGAUGACAUGCCCCUUCAUCAGAACCUCCUCCGCGGUAUUUACUCGUACGGUUUUGAGAAGCCAUCGAGUAUUCAGCAACGCGCGAUCGCGCCCUUCACGCGCGGUGGAGACAUCAUUGCCCAGGCCCAGUCCGGCACGGGCAAAACUGGUGCCUUCUCGAUCGGCCUCCUCCAGCGUCUCGACUUCCGCCACAAGAUGAUCCAGGGCCUCGUGCUCUCCCCGACGCGCGAGCUUGCCCUACAGACCGCUGAUGUGAUCUGCCGCAUUGGUGAGUUCCUCUCUGACACCAAAAGCUUCUGCGAGACGUUUGUGGGCGGAACUCGCGUCCAAGAUGACAUCCGCAAGUUACAAUCAGGCGUCCUCGUCGCCGUGGGAACCCCCGGGCGUGUAUUGGAUGUGAUGAAGCGUGGUUCCCUGCGUGCGGAAACCCUGCGCGUCUUGAUCCUGGAUGAGGCCGAUGAGAUGCUUUCUCAAGGCUUUGCUGGACAGAUCUACGAAAUUUUCCGUUUCCUCCCCAAGGAUAUCCAGGUCGCCCUCUUCUCCGCCACGAUGCCGGAGGAUGUGCUCGAGCUGACGAAGAAGUUCAUGCGUGACCCCGUCCGCAUUCUAGUCAAACGUGAGAGCCUAACGCUGGAGGGUAUUAAGCAGUUCUUCAUCGCCGUCGAGGAGGAGCACAAGUUGGACACGCUCAUGGAUCUCUACGAGACGGUGUCCAUCGCCCAGUCCGUCAUUUUCGCCAACACUCGUCGCAAGGUCGACUGGAUUGCGCAGCAGCUCAAUAAGAACAACCACACCGUCAGCAGCAUGCACGCCGAGAUGAACAAGGCGGAGCGUGAGGAAGUCAUGAGCACCUUCCGCUCGGGUAGGUCGCGCGUUCUGGUCACGACCGACCUCGUCUCGCGCGGUAUCGAUGUGCACCACGUCAAUAUCGUCAUCAACUUCGAUCUCUCCAUGAAUAAGGAGAGCUACCUGCAUCGUAUUGGUCGUGGUGGGCGUUACGGCCGUAAGGGUGUCGCCAUCAACUUUGUGACCGAGAAGGAUGUGGAUGUGCUCCAUGAGAUCGAGGCUCACUACCACACUCAGAUCGAUGAACUCCCGGUCGACUUCGCGGCGUACCUUGGGGAAUAA